CUCUACCAAUGAUCACAUUACCAGAACCCAUCUGAAAGAGAGAGUUUUAGAGAGAGAGGGAGAGGCAUGCAUAUUUUCAUGUCGAUUGCUUCUAUUAUGAUAUACAUAUGCCUCUCUCUCUCUAGCCUUCUCUCUUACCUAUUCAUCAAGAAGAAAACGAGGGCAUCCAAACCAAGAGCUAAGCUUCCUCCUGGUCCUAUGGGGUGGCCUUAUGUAGGUGAAACUCUAAAACUCUACUCUCAAGACCCAAACGUCUUCUUUGCAACAAAGCAACUAAGAUAUGGAGAAAUAUUCAAAACCCACAUACUUGGCUGCCCAUGUGUCAUGUUGGCUAGCCCUGAAGCUGCAAGGUUCAUGCUGGUGACCCAUGCUCACUUGUUCAAGCCAACGUACCCUAAAAGCAAAGAAAGGCUAAUUGGACCUUCAGCUCUAUUUUUUCACCAAGGGGAGUACCACACUCAGCUGAGGAAGCUAGUUAAAGGUUCGUUGUCUCCGGAAACUGUUCGGAAACUAAUUCCUGAUAUCGAAUCCAUAGCCAUGUCUGCCUUGGAAUCAUGGGCUCAUGGCCAUACCAUCAACACCUUCCAUGAGAUGAAAAAGCUUUCUUUCCAAGUAGGGAUUCUUUCUAUCUUUGGUGUCUUAGACAGCAACUACAGAGAGAAGCUAAAUGAGAAUUACCACAUCAUGAAUAAAGGUUACAAUUGUUUUCCGACAAAGAUUCCUGGAACUGCCUAUCAAAAAGCUCUUUUGGCAAGGAAAAGACUCAAUCAAAUUGUGGGUGAGAUCAUCUGUGAAAGAAAGGAGAAAAAAAUGGCAGAGAAGGAUCUGUUGGGUCGUCUUCUCAAGUUCAAAGAUGAGAAUGGGCAAAUUUUAACUGAAGAUCAGAUUGCUGAUAACAUUAUAGGAGUGCUUUUUGCAGCUCACGACACUACUGCUGCUGCUCUAACAUGGAUUUUAAAGUACCUCCAUGAAAACCGGACACUCCUCGAAGCUGUUAAGGCUGAGCAAAUGGCAAUACGAGAAGCAAAUAUCAGAGGAAAUAAAUCCUUGACAUGGACACAGACAAGGAAUAUGCCACUUACGUUUAGGCUGCAGGUUGUAUUAGAGAGUUUAAGAAUGGCGAGCAUUAUAGCUUUCGUGUACCGGGAAGCAAUAAUUGACGUUCAGUAUAAGGGAUAUCUAAUACCCAAAGGGUGGAAGGUGAUGCCACUGCUCAGGAACAUUCAUCACAAUUCAGAAUUCUUUCCUCAUCCUCACAUUUUUGACCCAUCAAGAUUUGAGGUUUCUCCAAAACCCAACACCUUCAUGCCCUUUGGCAAUGGAUCUCAUGCUUGCCCAGGCAACGAACUUGCCAAGCUGGAGAUGCUUAGCUUAAUCCAUCAUCUAAUAACCAAAUUCAGGUGGGAAGUAGUGGGAUCAGUCGAUGGGAUUCAAUAUGGGCCAUUCCCAGUGCCUCAACAGGGACUACCAGCCAGAUUUUGGCCAGAAGCAACCAGCCUGUAGGAAGAUUAGAAUUAGAUUAGUGCCUCAUCACAAUUUUUUAUUACUACUCUUCUGGCCCCAUUGUUUUUCUACUGCUUGUAAUUGUAAUCUUUACCAUUUUUGGACAUAUGUGUGUAAUAAAAAUAAAUAUAUAAUUUUC